AUGAUCGGGAGUUCGCAAAACAAGUGCCUCGAAUGCCAAGAGAUCACCAAAGCUUUGGGGUAUCACAUGUCAAGAAAAACUCUAGAUAUUGUGGCAGCCAACAUUAUUCGAUGUCGGGGAGGAAGAAAUGCGUCUGUGUCCGUCGGCUUCGUCCAAGCUAGCUCCAAUGAAAGCUGGAGUGAGCCUAUCCUACUACGAAAUGGGAUGGUUGUAUCCUUUUCUACGAACUUUGAAAACAAGAGGCGACAAGAUGACAACCUUCAACUUUCGUUUGAGGUAACUUCUGUUAGAAUAGCUCCGGGAGAUUGUGAGACCUCCCUUCUGGAAGGAAGAGAGAAUGCUGCUACAAACAAAAGACCCCUCGAACAAUCAUCAAUUGUCCGUCUGCAAUACAGAGUACCGAAAUCCUCCGAUGCAGACCAGAGAAAGCGCAAGCCUAAAGAAUGUCACUUGCUGUCCUUACGAGAUCGAACUCCAAUCCCUCUACCAGCAUCCGACACUGGUGCUUGUAUACCUCCGUCUCCGAAUGCAUCGAUAGACCAAAACGAGACCAAGGAAUCGAAUCCUUGCCCGUUCGUGUCAAAAUCAAUUCAACCAGACGCGAAUAACAAAACGAACUUGUCAGUAGCACCAUCAAAGGAUAUGGCAAAUACUGGGCCUUUCAAGAAACAAAAGAACGAUACAGAGUCAAACGUAGAACUGAGAAUUAUCAGCAAGCGAACCAUACAGCAAGCAUUUGAUCCAACACUCAACCUGGUAACACAGUCAAGUGCCAAACAACUGACGAGUAGCUCCUAUGGCAAUGUUACCCACGCCAUGACAGUACUACAGACUGUAAACUCAAUAUCUGAGAACCUCAAUCCAUCAAGUGGCAAAUUCCAACCUCGACUUUUCUUCUGUCCUCUGGGUCAAGACAUGUCGAAAGGACUCAUUGGAACCUUUUCGGCUACUGUUGAAAAGCUUGGCGGUAUCGUGGUCGACAAACUGGAAGGGUCAUCCUAUAUGGUCGUCAGCUCUUCUGUUGGUUCGUGGGAAAAGGUUGCCAAACGCCUUGGGAUGGAGGAAAAGGAACUGCGAUCGCUCUUGUCAUCGAAAGACAUAAAGGCUAUCACACCAAGAUGGAUCAGAUCAAUAGCAGCCGAAGGGGCUCUACGGAAGCCUGUGCCGAGUGAGACAUGGAUGCUAGUGACUAGUGUUCGAGCCGAAAAACGGAAGAAUGGCGAUCCCUUACGCGAUAGCGACGGGAAGAAAGAGAGAGAAUUCACAAGCAACCUUGAAGUCUCAAAAAUAUUCAGGGAACUUGGUGAAAUUUACCAGGACUGCCCUCUUGAGGAGAACGACAUGUGGAGAGCAUACCAGUUUCGAAUCAAUGCUGGCCGGGUGAAGCUUCUUCCAUUCGAACUAACUCUUGAUAAUCUGGGGAGGCUACGUAAGGACGUGACUGGUUUUGGAGCCAGCUGCAUUGAAAUCGUUCGGCAAUACUUGGAAAGUGGCGAAGUUGAACGUAUACACAAGUUGAAGACGGACAAGAGACGUGUUGCGAUGCGCAACAUGAUGGAGAUUUGGGGCGUAGGAAAGAAAGCUGCAUUGCAAUUGAUCAAUGAUGAUUGUUCUUCAAUCGAAGAUGUUAGGAAAAGACUUUUAGAGAAGACUCUUUUCCUCGACCGCAACCAGCUUGUUGGUGUGGACUGCUACGAAGACAUAAUGCAACGGAUGUCCCGUCCUGAAGUUGUACAACUCGGUGGAAUAAUCAAGACUCAUGUAUUGAAACUCUACCCGGGUGCUGAAGUGACGGUGAUGGGAAGCUAUAGACGAGGCAAGGAGUCAUGCGGUGACGUAGAUGUUCACAUUACGAGCAAUGACUACCGAACAAGGAUACCUCCAGAUGCUCUUAGUAGCAUCGUUGAUAGCCUCUGGAGAGACGGUCACAUUGCUUUUCAUUUGACAGUCUUAUAUGGGAUGGAAACAGGCUAUACGCUUUCUGAUUACCAACAAGCUGGGAAGAAUCUCGACCGAAGUGUAUGGGAAACUAGCAAGGCUUUGCGCCCACCAACGACGAGACGUGAAGAGAAGAGCCACGCGACCUACAUGGGCGUCUUCAACUCACCUAAAAAUGUGGGAACUCGAAGAAGGGUGGACCUAAAGUUCUAUCCAUAUCGAGAAAGAGUGUUCGCUUCUCUCUACUUCACUGGAAAUGGCUUUUUCAAUCGGUCGAUGCGUCUCUGGGCUAGACAGCGGGGUUGGCAGCUCAACGAUACCGGUCUUUUCGAGCGCGGGACAAAAAAGAGGAUUUUGGACGCAACGAAGGAGCAGCAAGUUUUCGACAUCCUGGAGCUUGUGUACAAACAUCCACAUGAACGCGAUUCAUUUGAUGCAUUAGAACCAAAGACUGGGCAGGUGGUAGAUUAUGAACCAACCCAAGGUGAAUUCAAAGAGGACGCAGAGAAUCAAUGGAUUGUGUAG